CUCUUUCACUUCAUCACUUCAAAUCCUCUCUUCCUCUUCGUUUUACGUCGUCGAUCAAACUUUGUUAAAUUCUUUUCUCCCGACGAAAACAAGAAAUAUUCAAUGGCGGUUUCGAAUUCUCUAACCAUCUCUCCAAGAAAACUCCGGUCUGAUCUUUACUCAUACUCCAACAACCAAAACAAUUCCGAGACGCCUCUGGUUAUCUCUGUUCUAUCGUCACUCAUCGAACGAACUCUGACACGUAACCAGAGGAUUAGCAGCCGGAGAACGGUUCCGGCGUCGUCUUCUAGCAAGACUCAGAUCUUCGAUAGCCGUGAAAUACCUGACAUGACCAUCCAAUCGUACCUAGAGAGAAUUUUCCGGUACACUAAAGCCGGUCCUUCCGUUUACGUGGUGGCUUAUGUCUACAUUGACCGGUUUUGUCAAACCAAUCCCGGUUUUAGAAUCAGUCUCACCAAUGUACAUCGUCUCCUCAUCACCACCAUCAUGAUCGCUUCUAAAUACGUCGAAGAUUUGAAUUAUCGGAAUUCAUAUUUUGCGAAGGUAGGUGGAUUAGAGACCGAGGAACUGAACAAGUUAGAGUUAGAGUUCCUGUUCUCGAUGGGAUUCAAGCUACAUGUUAAUGUGAGUGUGUUCGAGAGUUAUUGUUGUCAUCUUGAAAGAGAAGUUAGCUUUGGAGGAGGUUAUCAGAUUGAGAAGGCAUUACGUUGCGCUGAAGAGAUCAAAUCCAGACAAAUGAUCGUUCGAGAUCCUAAACAUCAUCAUCACUUUGCUCGAAUCUUGUUGUAGAGAAAGAAACUCUGUUUUUUUCUUUCAAAACAAUUCUUAGUUUUGGGUUUGUCGUUUUGUGCUUAGUGGUCUUGACUUUCUGACAAACUUGUUGGUUAGAGUGUUUUGUAUAUUUUUUGUUUUUGUUUUGGGUAGGUUGUAAUUGUAAAUAUAUAUAUAGAUGCGUAGAGAUCAUUAGCGGUGAUGUAAAGUAGGAGAUUCAAAUGUCUAUUGAAUUUGGUAACGUGGUUCAAAUCUA